UUUUAGUUGUUAUAUCAUACUGACUACUACAGUCGGCUUAUGCAGUUGCACUUGGUUGCAACACGUGAUUUAUAAAAAACCAACUUAUAUGAAAUAUAUAAUUGGAAUAUAAAUAUACAUGUGAUAAAUAGUACAUAUAUAUGUUUAAACUGUAGAAAUUACAUUUGGCAAAAGUUAUCGUUAAAAUUUUUAUUGAUAAAAUUAAUGAUAAAGUUUUUUAGUUCCUAUGACUAGUUCUCUACAAAAAUUUGGAUGUUACAUUGUGAAAUGAAUUAUUAACAAACUUUGAUUUUAAUAUAUUACAAUUAUGUCCUAUAUGGAUCAAUCUAAAUAUUCAGCAGACCUGUUAAAGCAGGGAAAUAAACAAGUCUUUUUGAGUAAUGAAGAAUGGGAUAAAAUAGCUGUUUAUUUAAUGGGAAUUCGAGAAAGAUAUAGAGAAAAUAUUAUUAUACCAGCAACAGUAGCACCUGUACAAAUUAAAACUAAUGAAGAAAAAAUGGUUGAAGGAGUUAUGGAAAGUUGUGCCUUUAAGAGUAUUAUGAGCUGUGUACUUGGAUAUGGAUUAGGAGCUGCUAUAGGUUUAUUCACAUCAAGUGUAAAUCCAGAUAUGACAAGUGUAGAUAAAAAACAAACUGCACGUGAAAUAUUUAGAGAAAUGAAAAUGACUACGCUUAGUUAUGCUAAGAAUUUCGCUGCUGUGGGUUUAGUAUUUUCAGCUGUUGAAUGUAGUAUAGAAUCUUAUAGAGGUAAAACUGAUUGGAAAAAUGGUACUUAUGCGGGUGGUGUGACAGGUGGUCUAAUAGGUCUAAGAGCUGGUGUAAAAGCAGGAAUAAUAGGUGCUAUGGGAUUUGCAGCAUUUUCAACUGCGAUAGAUUAUUACAUGCACAGAUCAUAAACAAUGUUUAAUGGAAUUACAAUUUAUAUAUUUCUAUAGAAAAGAUAUAAAAGCUUGCAUAUAUUGCGCAUAUUUAUAAUACAUAAAAAAAAAGCAUGAAACACGUUUAUAAUGUAUAAAUACGUAUAAAUGCUUAAAAAUAAGUACAAUAGUCAAGGUAUAAAAUAUGUGGAAAAUUGAUAUUCCUGUUCAUCUUAAAUUAUCUAAAACUUGUCUGUAUACUCCCACUUAUCAAUUGAACUAUUCUUUCAUUAUUUAUUUUAUAUACCUCAAAAUACUAUAUUAAAUUGCAUUAUAAAAAUAUUAAGUUAUAUUUGAAUAUUCUGUUAAAUAAAAAUGAAGUAAAUUAAAUGCAUAUUUGGAAUAAUCCUUAAUACUUUUCACAUAAUACCUUUGUAAGAUAAAUAUGUGCAAAAUGUUGUUGUCAUCUAUUUUUUUUUUUUUUUUUGGAUAAUUUUCCAUAUUGAGAAACAAUAUCUUUUCUAAGUUACAAUAUAUUUUUGUUGUUAAAAGAAAAUGCAGUCUUAUAUUUUCAAUUUUUUUUUUAAAACAUUCUGCACAAUCACACAUCAAGUACAUGAUAUCACAUAAUCUAUUUGAAUUAGAUAUGUCAGGAAAGUAUACAUAUAUAAUAUAUAUAUAUAUAUACAAAUACGAAAAAUAUUUGUAUAUUUGAAGACAUAUUUCUCAUAGUAUAAAUGAGUAUAAUUUUACUCAUAUACUAUUCGUGAACAAUGAUCUUUUUUAAAAAAAUGUUUAUACCAUAUCU